AUGGAAGUCCUCCUAGAACUUGUACCUAACCGUGUCUUUUUUCAAAUCCGUCCGGACAACCCUUCGAGUGGAAUUCACAUGAACGAGAGGGAUGGCUUCAUUUACCAUUACCACAGUAUGGACAACUUAUAUAUAUCCGUGAAAAUACGCAAAUAUUUUGGACCAAUGACGUUAUCGAACAUACAUCGCCAUUGUGUUUUGGUAGACAAGAGUUUAAAGCACACCGCAGGAAGACAUUUGUUCUACACUAACAGUUUCGAGACGCUUGGCUACCAGCAGAAACGUACCAGCGCCAUUUUCUUAAUGGGGUGCUAUCUUGUACUGCGGCAAAAUUUUACUCCGGAGCAGACAAAAGACAUGUUACAUGAAGUAACUGGGAGUGUGACACCUUUCACGGAUAUGGAAGGCUCGACGGCGCAUGCUUUGACUCUACUAGACUGUUGGCGAGCUCUGUACCAUGCUAUGGUAGUCAAUCAAUGGUUCCGAAAACGAGACUUUGACAUGGUCAUUGACCUGUGCGAUGGUAGCGAUGAGGUCAUAAACUGGGUCGUACCAGGACGGCUACUGGCCCUUGAGGACCCUAAGGAACCACGGUACAUGGGACGAGGUCCAAGGGUCCGUUAUUCUAUCGUCGAAAUAUUCAAACAACACAAAGUGAGCACGGUCGUCCGACUGAAUGGGAGGGACUACGAGUACCGUACGAGCUAUGGACAGCCUUACGACUCGGAAGAGUUCGUCUGUCGAGCGAUAAAACAUUACGAUAUUUUUUUCAAAGACGGCGGUAUCCCUUCGGAAUCGCAACUUAACACUUUCUUAAAGAUUGUCAAGAAAGCACAUCAUCCUAUUGCAGUACACUGUCAUGCCGGCCGAGGGCGUACUGGGACUAUGCUCGCAUGUUCACUGGUACGAUUUUGGGGGUUCGAAGCAGUUCAUGCAAUAGCCUGGGUUCGAAUAUGUCGUGCGGCUUGCGUCGUUGGAAUACAACAGGGAUUUGUAAAAAUGGUCGAAAACAGUUUGCGGGAAAAGGCGUGUACCUCGACCUCGGGGCAAGCUGGGAACCAAACCCACGGUGUGCACACCCCCACCAAAUAUUUACGACAGAUUCAUCUCGUUGCCCCACCGCGUGUACAAAGACGGCCGACGCCUACGCGAUCAAACCCUUGCCCGGCGAAGUCGACCUGCGACAAAAAAUCAGAACAAACCGAACACUCCACCGAGAAAAGCUUAAAACCUCCACAGAAGAUUACGGUCCUGCCGAUCAGCGGUGGUAUGAGCGGAACACAACUGAGGAGACCGAGAACUAAGGUCCACACGAAGGUGCCGAAUAAUAAAACAAGAGUCUGCCACGAGCUGACAUUGAGGAAUAACUGGCGCAAAUCUGAACAAAAACCACAGGGAAUAAGAGCGAAGUCGCAGAAAAAGACCAAGACUACAGAACCAGCUAACGUUAACGGCGUGACCAAUGUCUCGCUAAAUACGAAUACACAACUGAGACUGAGCGGUGUUCUGGAUUUAACUCUACUCAAAAACAUGCAUAUGUUUCAAGAGCUCGAACCGAAAAACAAGUACCUACGGGCGAACAUCUCCGAUAAGGUUUCGUGUUACAUCGCGAAGCCGGGACAGGGGAACUAUUUCCAUCAACCAAAAAGACAUGCUGUGGACACGGCUAAGGUCGCCAGGCUAGAAACGAUGCUGCAUUUUCAAAGUAAACCAACGAAAUGCGAACAGUACGAGUUGAAACAAAAAGUAAGCAAAGCUCAAGAUGACCUUGCGAAAAUUCAUUCGUCCCGACCGCAGAUAAAGGGGAGUAAAUCUUCUAUUCCGUUUGUGAAGGCGCCUAUCAAGUACUCGAGUUAUCAGCCGACUUUCGACCACCUUACCAAGUUACUUAGUUUUGAUAGAGAAAGCAAAUCUCCUGUUUCAAGUUGUGGAAAAGACUAUAAAAUCCCCAUUGUUUCAACCGUAAACGGCGACAAAGGUCAAAAUCCCAGAGUCGAGAAAACCGUUUCGCGCAACAAGACCGAGCGCCGUUUGGCCUGGGACGAGCCUGAAGUAAGCCCGCAGUGUGCAAAAACUGGUGGUGUCAAGGUACUUCGUGACAACAAGAAAGAUAACGUGGUUUUAAAUGAUUUUCUGGAGAAACAUAGACAAACGUUGUUUGUAUCAAAGACUGCCAACUGUGCCGGGGGGAAUAGAGAUAAUGGGAUUAAAAUACGAAAUCUACAUAGAUAA